AUGGAGAUGAAACCGGUCAUUGACCACGUCUUCUUGCCCCCGCAGCUUCCCCAAACCGAAGACGUAGACAGCGACGUCAAAUUGCUGCGCAUUGCCGUGGAAGCUGUGACUGAGCUGGAGAAAGUCGCCAAUUUCGCACCGAUCGCGAUCCAAAAUGCCGCCUCGAUGCUCUCCGCACUCAGCUCAGUCACAAAAGAUACCAAUUGGGUCGACAGCGCCACUCUUCGGUCGACUUUGGUCGGUCUAACAAGCGGUCGAUCUAUUGCAGUCCACGUUGCAGCACAAAAUGCUGCGGUCUUCAUAACUCGGCACGAACACCAGCUCGUCUUCGAACAGUUCGAGCUCUCACCAGACAAUAAGGCCGUGUAUGCCUCUCCAGGUCGCCUUGUCCGGACCUUCCCAGCAUCCGCCAUCGCAAUCGACGCUGCGAAGCUUCACCAAGAUGACUUCGCCACAAUGGUCGCUAAUACGCUUUCCACCAUGGCGAGCCAGGAAGUUCCGAGCAUGAAGCCCGAGUCGAGGAAAGCAGGCAGAAGACACAACGAGGACCGUGACUCAGCAAGUCCUGCUAUCGUCUCCGAGCUGUUCUUUGGAAUGCUAAGAGGUAUUGGCGACUCUUACGAAGCGACUACAGUUUCCAAGAAUACCCGUGAGGAAGUCCUGUGGAAGAAUGCUCUGCGCCCGUGGCGGAGAUCCUCCAUGUGGCUACUCAUCCGCGUCGCUUUGCAAUUGACGAUCACACGCUCACCUGAUGGGUCAAGAGAUGUCCACAAGAAUGUCAUGUUGUUCACAAUGAGUCGCGUCCUCAGCUCGGCUCUGCAUAUCAGCUUGCCAUCUGAACUGUACCACAUCAUGAACGCAAAGCUGGAUCGACGACGACAGAAAUUGGUCCGAACAACAUCACUUCACGCUUCUGUCGCUACAGCUGUCGAGAAGGCACUGCAGAGUAGCUUCGCCAAGAUCUCAACCCGCUGGGCAAGCCUACAAGCAAAUGAUGCUUUGAAGGUGCACAUGGAUGAUUUAAAGAGCUUGGAUUUCGAAGCGGAUACUCGCGUUGAACUUCGAGCAUUGGACGAGUACAUCCGCAGCAUAAGCGACAGACAAAUCUCUGGAUCUGGUUCAAGGUUCACCCCUUCAACCAACUUGUUAAGGAAUGAUUCAAGCAAGCUCCCACCUCUUCCCAAGGACACCACCGACGAGUACUCUGCAUCGAACUUGAGGCAGUUUGAAGAUUGGGUUGCACGUCAUCUCCAGGCGUGGACAAAGAAGUGCGAUAUCACCAAUGCUGGCAAACAGCUGGAUGAUCUCAUGAAGGAAUACCGUGGUCUUGCUCAGAGGCUCUACAGACAGAGUCCGGAGCACUUAUCUGCUAUGAUUCUCACGAUCGUGGAGCUCUGGAUUGCCUGUGACCAUAUUGCCGUCCGUAACUGUGCUUUACUGGCGGACUACGACCCUGACAUUCCGCCUGAAGCAUUCCAGAACCUGCUUUUGCCAUCCUUGAAUCAAAUGCAUCGGUUAACAACCGCGGAGUCAUACCUAGCCUCUCGAAAAGGAAAGCUUGCCCCAUAUCUGCUCUUCGACAUCAAGAGCCCGCAAGGGUUCGGUGCGCGGUUCUUCGAUUCCAGCGAGAGUCAUCAGCAGCUUCAGCGAACGAUCGUCUCGCAAGCCGAGAGUGCGAAGCGCGACAAGUUGGCCGAGUUGACAAGUGUUCAGAAUGAUUACAACCGUCUGGAUUCGUUGUAUCGACAAGCGAGUUGCGAGUACAAGACGACAGUCAUUGAUGACUUCUGCGACCCACCCGAGACUGAGACGGUUCAUGUGAGAUCAUGCAAGAAGUGUGUGUACCAGAGGCAGCGGGACGCUCUUUCAAUCCGAGUCCACGAGUGGCCACUGCCGAAUGACAAAAUUCAGGCAAAGGUCAUCGUCUUUGAACUGCAGCCGCCCGAUUGGUUUGUGCAUUGGCGAGAUACUCGACUCUACAUGCUCAACCAGGUCUUGAAAGGCAAGCGUCAGCCAACAAGUCUGCGCAGCGAAUAUCGACUUUCGAGCAAUGACCCUCACCUCACCCAGAAGCACUUUAGAGCCGCCGAUAAUCGCAUCGGUCUGCUGUCUCAGAACAAGCCAGUGGUUGUGACACAUUACGCCACUCUCCAAGAUGUGCCACACCUGAAGGAGAAGCAGGUUUGCGUACCGAAUGGACUCUGCUACAGCUAUUACGACUCCACAACUAGGAACUUCGUGGGCGACUUUGUCUUUGACAACACUAUUCCCAAGUCGUGUACCUAUACCCUGCCGCACAACACGUCUUCACUCCAGCGUUUCCUCUUUCGCCCAGCUUCGACUCCUAACGGUGAGCCGCCGAACGUCGUCAUCUCCAGCCAAGACACUUGUCCUUCUAGCAUGACACUGGAGGAGUACAAAGAUCUCAGCUCGAUACCUCUUGGGUGCCACAUCCAGUGGUCCAACAUCAACCUCCAGCUUGCUAUGUCCUCGGUUGACUUCAAGAAAGUGGAGACGACGCUAGUUUUCCUACAGUGCAUCUAUCAAGCAGGGCCUUCCGCUCCAAACAGUGAUGUGUAUCGGGAAGCUCACAACGCCAUCAAGGAUGAAGCCAUGGUCUCAUCGAUUCUGGAGAAUCUCAACCUCGCGUUGUCCAGAAUCAAGCAGAACUGGGAGUCUGUUCAGGCACUCAGCGCUCUGGUGGCAAUUGCCGCCAGGGUCUUGACUCUAAACAGCACUGUCAAGGCGUCGUACCUCGCAUUUUUGAAGGCCGCCCGAGCUGUUGCUGUUGAUUGGAUAAACACUCUGCGCGAUAAAGCACACGAAGUGACUGACCAUGCAGACCGCUCGGAUCUUGUAUCUCGCUCGGUUGAAGUAGCAUUGGUGUGUGCGUCGACAUUCGACGUCGACGGAGACCACUUAGGGACAAUCCUGAGAAGCUCUGAGGACGUCAAGACCUUGGUAUGGGCAUCGAUUGUGGUGCAGGAGGGCAAUCACGUGACUUCUACCUCAGAAGCGCACGUUGCCGUGCUGGCACUUCGUUUCAAGAUGAUUCUCCAUCGUGGAUAUCAUCUCCUGGUACAGAACGAGGGUGGCAUAGACGAUGCCGUCAGUAUGGCAUGGGCCGCUUACGCCCCUAGCGCCAAAGGCUGGUCUUCCGUGUCAACAGCUGCGGAUCAUUGGAUAACAACAGACGUCGCUGCUGCAUCUCACAGCAAAGCGGCGCAGGUACACCUUAAUCUUCUGACUGGAGAACUUCUGGUCAACGGUCUACCGCUGGACCAGCCUCCGGCGAGUUACCGCGAGCAUCCACGAUUCAAGACUCUCUUCGGCCACGCUCUCGUCGAAGUCAUGCCGGCAUCGAGACCAGGCUUUCAGUUCUCGACGAAGCGCUCAUUCGGCGGAGGUCAAGUGCAGCUGGGCAUGAAGGAUGGCGAAUUGCUGGUUUACACCAGCGGCCAGGCAGGUACCUUCGAAACCGUGCCAAGCAAGGUAUUACAGACAAAAUACCCCAUCCACUUCUCAGACGACUUUGUGCUCUGGUACGACCUAGGCAAAGACGUAGUAGAGCUGCGGCCUGCAACAGACCCUUGGAAUUCUCAAUCCGCCCUGAAGUGGACUCUAUCGCAGAGAAACAGAAACAUUGCUCGAUGGACUCUUACGAAAGACAGGACGUCUGUCGUCGGCACCGGACGUCUCACCUCCAAUUUGUUGUCUCAGAUCAUCGGCCCCUUGGCCAGAGAACCCCGCAUUCAUUGCAUCCUGCAGUCGAGUCAUGAUCUGUUGCAUGUUGAGGUCCCGUCGUUGAGGCUGAGAUUCGCACUGUCGAAGAACAGCACGGACUUGCGAUCGCUGGAAUACCGCUCCAUGAGCGUCGAUCACGACCAGUCCCUGGGAACUCUGAUUGGGUUUGCAAACAAGCUCGUCCUGAAGUCGCAGCAAGGCAGCGACCGCACAGUGUUGGUUCUGGCGGCCCCUUUAUCGUAUUCCAAGAACAAGGAUCAUGUCUCAGUCACGGCAUCGACGACAUCAGAUGCCAAGGUGUAUGCCAUUGGAGUGGACGAGCAGCUCAAGCGUAUGAUACGCACCAACGACUUGGACUGCAAGCUGUAUAUGGCUUACCUCCAUGCAUUGACAUCGUUUUGCCUUCCGGAUCCGUUGACACUCAAGACUGGCACAGAAGAAGCGCUCGAUAUCCUGCGAUCCAAGGGCGUUGCGUCAUUCGAGCAGCUAUCACAGCCAAGCAUCGAUGUGCUCCACGCGAUUUCUCAACUAAGUCCUUCACGCCGACACUAUCCUGCCCAGGAGCAAGUCAUGCAGCAGACCGAAUGGGACAGCAACCUCGGCUUCCUUUCCCAGCACAGUGAAUUCGAAGUCGUAGUGGCAUCGUUGUUCUGCCAGUCACAGUCUACGAAUGUGUUCUAUCCUGACCAUGAUGUCAACUUUCCCUGUUUGAAUAGUACGGUCGACGCUCUGCGCAAGAGAGACAGUAUCCGUUCCUCGACUUUCAGAGUUGCCGGAUAUGGGGCUGACAGCCAUACUACGUUGUAUGACGUACCGUACUCAGGGAGAGACCAAGGCAUCAACUCGGCACAGAGGGUUUCUACCGUAGCUGCGCUCGUCACUCGAGAGACCACCGACCACCACUGGGCAGCGGCAAGUCAGACUCAUCUCUGGUCCUUGAUGAAGGACCACGCCAAAAUUCAAGGAGUCAACACUUCAGUCGAAAUAUCGCGUAUGAGAUAUGACGCAGGCUUGCUAGGAUCUUCCUUUGCAGUAACGAUGCUGCCUGCACUUCAACGCUGGCUGGGAGCACAAAUUUCGCGGCAGCAUACGUUUUCAAUCGUCAUGUGGCUUGCUACACUGGCUUUUGAGCAGGAUGCCGACAUCAUCCUGCUUCAAUUUCUCGUGAGCUGCUUCAAGACAUCUGAGCUAGCAGCGAUUUGUGCUCCGGACAUUGUCUCUUUCGCUCCGACGCAGGGCUAUGCCAUUGUAAAGCAGAAACUCAGAGAUGCCCUCGUGGCGAGCCGGCGAGACUUCAACCAGUCUCCAGAAUCACGCUGGGAGCGUAUCAAGAAUGAGAAGUCGAAGGACUAUAGCAAUCGUCGGCACACUGGUUGGAACCGCUCUUGCGAGGCCAUCAUUCCACAGCUUGUGGCCGAUCUUUUGUCACAGUGGCCUUCUCAAUGCGCUAGUGUGCCGGUGAUAGCGAACGCCUCGACCUAUUUCGAUCUUAACAAGGCGAUCUCCACCAUUAACAAGCACUUCCAAGCCACGUAUCGCAACUUCUUGCUGCGUGGCUACCUGAUGGAAAUCGAGAAGGCGAUGGCUCCUACGCCUCACCGGGCUGUACAUUUGCCGCCAUUAUUAUCCCUGCGGCCGCCAGUAUUGGUUCCCAGCGAGAAGGGAUUCAUUUCGGAAAUCGACGCCUUCUCCGCCAUAGUGGCUCCGACCCUACCACACUCACCCACUGUGCUGUUGGUGAGCGACAGGCCGCCAACGAGAGCCACUGCGCAGUCCAAGCCAGAGCCACGCUUGAAGGGCAUGAUCCAGAGACUCAACACCGUCGCAGGACAGUCCUCAUACGAGCUGGUGUACGCAUCUGAUCUCAAGGACAGUCUGCAGUCACUGGUUUCAAGGGACGACCCAAGCGGUCCUACAGCCGUUGAAAUCUCGCGCGACACGCUGUUGAAGUACGUGGGGCGAUGCGAACUCUACACCGAACAAGUCUACGACUCUGUAGUCACAACCUUGCGUUCGCUACCGAAUGCAGCGGGGGCAGCUUCGAUUCUUCAUUGCCCUCGUCUUUGCCCUGUGCUUCUACUCAAGCAGCUGGCACGCGAUCGCUGGUCGGAUCUAUCAAACGAAUGGCAGCGCUGCGUUGUCACGUACGGCCUGGCACUCACAGCUCUGCAGCGAGCCAAGCGACUUCUCAAAUUAUCAGACCCAAGUCGAAAGGAGGACUUUCUCAAAGAGCUUCGCAACUCGGGUCAUACCAAUUGGGAUCCAAUGAACUACCCCGAGACUCUUUUGAUGGAAGUCGAGAGUGGGUUUAUCGUUCGCGAAGUCCAGGAGCAGAUUGCCCGUGAGAUGCGACAGCCUACCUUGAAGGGAAACGAGGUGCUCCAGCUCAACAUGGGCGAGGGUAAGAGCAGCGUCAUUGUGCCCAUGGCUGCUGCAAACCUGGCCGACGGUUCUCAGCUGGUGCGGGUACUUGUUGCAAAGCCGCAGUCCAAGCAGAUGGCACAGAUGCUUAUCUCCAAAGUCGGUGGACUCGUCAAUCGCCGUGUCUACUAUAUGCCAUUCUCCCGGUCCCUGCCAUUGACAACCCCAAUCGUUGAGUCAGUCUCAGCCAUGGUGCGCGAGUGCAAAGACACGGGAGGAAUUUUGCUUGUGCAGCCCGAGCAUAUCCUUUCUUUCAAGCUCAUGGGGCUAGGGUGUUACAUCGAUGGAAUGGAAGAUGUUGGGCGCCGCCUUGUCUCAACGCAGGACUUCUUCGAUCGCUCAUCCCGUGACAUUGUCGAUGAGAGCGACGAGAACUUCAGCACUCGCUUUGAGCUCAUCUACACGAUGGGCACGCAGCGCUCAAUCGAACUUAGUCCAGACCGCUGGUUCCUGGUGCAGGAGGUUCUGGGGAUUCUCAGAACUGUCGCUCCAGCUAUCGACAAGGAGCUACCUGGCUCGAUCGAAAUUAUUUCUGGAGUAGAGGGAAGCUGUCCGCGGAUUCGCCUCUUGCGUCCAGAUGCAGGUCCGCUCCUGAUACGCCGCGUAGCAGAAGUCAUCUGUUACCACGGGGUCGACGGUUUCCAUCUAUCCAGGCACUCAGGGCAUGUGCGUGGCUUUGUCAACAAGUACAUUACGGAGUCCUCCCUCGCAGCUGAGGACCUCGAUGCAGUGGAGAAUAGUCCAGUAUGGACAGAAGCUACUCGGUCACAUCUCCUCAUGCUUCGUGGUCUUCUGGCCGAAGGUGUGCUUGUCUUUGCUUUGAGCCAGAAGCGAUGGCGGGUCAACUAUGGCCUGACCACCAAUCGUACACCACCAACUGCGCUUGCUGUGCCAUAUCGCGCAAAGGACAGCCCGUCACCUAGAAGCGAGUUCUCUCACCCGGACGUCGUCAUUACCCUCACGUCACUCGCCUACUACUACGGAGGCCUGAGCGACGAUGAUCUAUUCGCAGCCCUGAGCCAUCUUGCCGACUCAGAUGAAGCCGAUACUGAGUACCAACGCUGGGUCAAGGACUCCUACAACUUGCCCACCGCAUUCAAGCAGCUCCAGAGUAUCAACCUCAAGGAUCGUUCUCAAUGCGUCAACGAGUUGUUCCCAUGCCUUCGAUAUGGCAAGAGCGUGGUGGACUUUUUCCUCUCUCAUCUGGUCUUUCCAAAGCAGAUGAAGGAGUUUCCGCACAAGUUGUCCGCUUCUGGAUGGGAUAUUGGACAGCAGAGACACGGUAUCACGACAGGCUUCUCGGGCACCAUCGACUCCCGCCUACUCCUACCGACGGAUGUACAGCAUCUGGAUGUGCCAGAGCAAAAGCACACCAAUGCUCUUGUGCUGGAGUACUUGCUCAUGCCAGAGAACGGAGUGCAUCUCAUGUCAUCGGCAGAUCAAGCAUCAUCCGAAGCACAGCAUUUGCUCUCAGCGGUCAUGCAGCUCUACCCACCAGUUCAAGUAAUUUUGGACGUUGGUGCUCAGAUCCUCGAGCUUGCAAACCUGGAGAUGGCAAAAGCUUGGCUUGCUCUACACGACGACUCUAAGGAGGCGGCCGUUUUCGUCGACGACAGCGACGAGAUCUGCGUUGUGGACAGGAACAGCCGCGUAGAGAUAUUGCGCACUUCAUCCUACCAAUCUCGCCUCGAUCGCUGUCUCAUUUUCUUGGACGAAUCUCACACCCGAGGCAUCGAUCUUCAGCUGCCCGUGUCAUAUAGAGCGGUAGUGACGCUCGGGCCGAAGUUGACCAAGGAUCGUCUGGUGCAAGCCUGCAUGCGAAUGAGGAAGCUAGGCCAAGGCCAGACCGUCGUCUUCUGUAUCCCAGAAGAGAUACAGGCCAAGGUCUGGGACGCCAAUCCAUCUUCCAGCGCACGCGAGGUCAAGAUCGAGAUUGCCGACGUUCUCAUUUGGGCCAUCGGUGAGACUCAUGACGAGCUGCGGCGCUCUAUGCCAUUGUGGGCUGUCCAAGGCGAGCGAUUCGUGCGACAAGUCGAGCUGUGGCAAGAAGUCCAAGAUGAGACCGGAGGCACAACCAUGACCGCGCAACACGCCUCUUCAUUCCUGGAAGAUGAGGCUCAGACACUGCAAGAUCGGUACCUCCCUCAGCGAGCUCAUGCUCGUCUCAGCCAGCUCAAGAGCAAGGACGACUCCAGAUGUCAGGAAAUUUUGAAGAGCUGCCGAGUCGUUGAUGGACUCCGUUUCGAUGCAAGCACUCUCCAAGAGGAGCAAGAGCGCGAGUUGUCGCCGGAGAUAGAGCAAGAGAGCCAAGUUCAGCGAGCACCUCCCGCCAAACCUAUGAAACACAAGCUGCAUCCAGACGUUGAGAAAUUCGCCAUGACAGGUCAGCUUGUCGCAGGCUCUCAGGCCUACAAGCCGGCAUUUUCAACUCUGAAGGAUACUACAGCUGGAGAGCAUUUCGCUGUUGGUCAUUUCCGCGGCAACGGUAGGCUGCUGGCCACUACCGAUUUCUCGGAGACGGUACAGAGAGGCGGCGGGGCUUCAUUCAGAUCUGAUGCAUUCCUGAGAUCCGUUCAAUGGAUCCUCACUUCCUGCCAGCAAGACAGCUCCGUCAUCGACUACUUGAUGGUCAUCAGCCCAUACGAAGCCAACAUGCUGUUCCCGCGCAUGAGCAAAUCUAAGGGAGCUACGUUGCACGUGUACAAGCCGCGAGUCAACUCAGGCUAUGCGCCCUUGGAUGCCCUGAAGUUCCAGACAAUCCCUGUGCGCGAUCCAGCACCUCCAGUUCCAAGACAGCUGGCCAGCCAGCUCAACGUCUUUGCUGGGCAGCUCUACAUGACUUCGUAUGAAGACUAUGUGGAGACGUGCUCUUUUCUUGGUCUCUCGCCAAAAGCACUAUCGAAGGAGAUGGAGGCUCAGGGAUGGAAGGUCAGUGCCGACGGAUUCAUUCUCUCCGACGAGGACGGCCGCGUUGGGGGCUCGUCAGGCUUGAACAAGAGCCCCGUCAGCUUCCUCAAGUCCUUGAUGACGAAUCGGCGAAAUGGAGAUGGCAUCGCGAAGACGCACGUGGGCCGCAUGCUCGCGGGUAAGAUGUUUGGGGAGUCGGAGUUUCAAGAUUGA